CUGGGGAUCCAGAAACCCAUGGUACCCUACUGAACACCAAAUCCCCUGGAAGCCCACAGAGACAGAAACAGCAAGAGAAGUAGAGAUAAAUACACUCACGCCAGGAGCGCUCUCUCUCUCUCUCUCUCUCUCUCUCUCUCUCUCUCUCUCUCUCUCUCUCCCCCCUCCUCCCUCCCUCCCUCUCUCUCUCUGCCUGUCCUAGUCCUCUAGUCCUCAAAUUCCCAGUCCCCUGCACCCCUUCCUGGGACACUAUGUUGUUCUCCGCCCUCCUGCUGGAGGUGAUUUGGAUCCUGGCUGCAGAUGGGGGUCAACACUGGACAUACGAGGGCCCACAUGGUCAGGACCACUGGCCAGCCUCUUACCCUGAGUGUGGAAACAAUGCCCAGUCGCCCAUCGAUAUUCAGACAGACAGUGUGACAUUUGACCCUGACUUGCCUGCUCUGCAGCCCCACGGAUAUGACCAGCCUGGCACCGAGCCUUUGGACCUGCAUAACAAUGGCCACACAGUGCAACUCUCUCUGCCCUCUACCCUGUAUCUGGGUGGACUUCCCCGAAAAUACGUAGCUGCCCAGCUCCACCUGCACUGGGGUCAGAAAGGAUCCCCAGGGGGGUCAGAACACCAGAUCAACAGUGAAGCCACAGUUGCAGAGGUGGGUGAGACUAAGAAUAUAGCUUAUGAACACAUUCUGAGUCACUUGCAUGAAAUCAGUCAUAAAGAUCAGAAGACCUCGGUGCCUCCCUUCAACCUAAGAGAGCUGCUCCCCCCACAGCUGGAGCAGUACUUCCGCUACAAUGGCUCGCUCACAACUCCCCCUUGCUACCAGAGUGUGCUCUGGACAGUCUUCUAUAGAAGGUCCCAAAUUUCAAUGGAACAGCUGGAAAAGCUUCAGGGGACAUUGUUCUCCACAGAAGAGGAGCUCUCUAAGCUUCUGGUACAGAACUACCGAGCCCCUCAGCCUCUCAAUCAGCGAAUGGUCUUUGCUUCCUUCAGCCAAGCGGGAUCCUUGUAUACCACAGGUGAAAUGCUGAGUCUAGGUGUAGGAAUCUUGGUUGGCUGUCUCUGCCUUCUCCUGGCUGUUUAUUUCAUUGCUAGAAAGAUUCGGAAGAAGAGGCUGGAAAACCGAAAGACUGUGGUCUUCACCUCAGCACGAGCCACGACUGAGGCAUAAAUUCCCUCUCAGAUACCGUGGAUGUGGAUGACUUCCCCUAAUGCCUAUCGGGAAGCCUCUAAAAUGGGGUGUACAGUCUGGCCAGAAACACUGUAGAAGUAGUAGGCAGACGUCCUCCUUCCCCUGGACAUCUCCUACAGAGAGGAAUGGACCCAGGCUGUCAUUCGAGGAAGAACUGCAGAGCCUUCAGCCUCUCCAAACAUGUAGGAAAUGAGGAAAUCCCUGUGUUGUUAAUGCAGAGAACAAACUCUGUUUAGUUGCAGGGAUAUAUCCCAAAGUCCUCUACCCCCUCACUUUUAUGGCCCUUUCCCUAGAUAUACUGCAGGAUCUCUCCUUAGGAUAAAGAGUUGCUGUUGAAGUUGUAUAUUUUUGAUCAAUAUAUUUGGAAAUUAAAGUUUCUGACUUUAAUUCCGGCCUAUCCUUUGAGGCUCUUGAGGGUGGGUAAGUUCCUGAAUCCCUCAGGUGGUAAAGAUGUGCAAAGGAUGGGGAAAAGAAGCAUGGGUGAUUAACUCCUUUUAUCCCACCCCUGGAUGGAAAGAUCAGCUUCUGGGAAAACACUUAACCCAAAGUUUCAGACAUGUUAAACCACUAGCCCAGAUUUCUGCCCUUGCACCAAGGCUAUGCUUGGAGAUCAGUGGUUGACAGGUUAGGAAAGUGGCUGGACAAGAGAUUUGAGAGGACAGAAAUCUCAAUUAACAUGCUAUCCCCUCCCUUAAAAGCCAAGUUCCCCCACAAUUACAAAUUCUUUUUUAUUAGUCAAAAUCACAAUCACCUUGAUUAAAAGGAUGGGACACUCCACCCUCAGCAGAAAAUGAUACAGUUUAUAGAAAACCUCCCCACCCCUCCCAUACCCCAAUUAAAAACUACAAAAAAAUCUGCCCUCCUUCCCUACGAUGUCAUGGUAGUCUGACUCCUCCAGCGGCACUGCAGCUCUGGAGCGGUCAGCUCACCACAGCACCCUCCACUUCACCUUGGGGAGAGGAGGGAUGCUGGUGGUUAAGGAGGUUAAAACCAUUAGUUCCAGUAAUGCCAGUUCCCAAACAUGCACUUCCUUCCUUUCCCUCAAGGUCUGGGACCAAGGAGAAAGGUACAGAAAUGAGCCCAGCCAUGAGGAGCAACUCGAGGAGAGAAAAUAUAGCUCAAGGAGGUUAGAAGAGUUCCAACAUACCUCCUCCCUU